AUGCUUGAGGUGCAAGUUGCUCAAAUAGCAGAAGGUAUGAAGAGGCAAGAGGGUUUUCUUCCAAGUAAGACUGAGUUAAAUCCAAGAGUUUGCAAAGUUAUCACAACUCAGAACAAGGACGUGGUCUCACCAGCCCCUAGAGAUCAUUCAACCGUCAAAAACCCAUUGGAAUGGCCUGAAGAUGAUGAGCCAAUCUACAAGGGACCUCAUCAAAGAAAGCUGCAUAAGAUGGAAGAUCCAGGGCAAUUUGUUUUCCCAUGCACAAUCAAUGGUAUGGAUUUUAUUGAUUCCCUCUGCGAUACAGGAGCUAAUGUGAAUGUUAUGUCUAAGCUUAUAGCAGAUGAGCUUGGAAUAGUUGACAUUAAAGACUCUCAAACAUCACUGAAGUUUGGAAACGCCUCUACUAUUACCCCAUAUGGCUUUGCUCAAGAUAUAUUGGUACAAGUGGGAGGUUGUCUUGUUCCUACAGAUUUUCAUAUUCUAGAGAUGAGUGAGGAACCCCUAACGCCAUUGGUUUUUGGUAGUUCCUUCCUUGCAACAGUUGGAGCUAAUGUGGACUAUCCAAACCAAAGAGUUUCUUUCUCUAGAGUAAAGAAGAGAGUCUUUUAUCCAGCAGUCCCUACCAAGAGCUCUUAUUGUAUAACCAUUAGGAAUGGCAGCAGAUUGAGUUUAGACCAUGGAGAAGAGAAGGAGAAGCCUCAAAACGUUUCCAAGCAAGCUCUUUACAUAAGAUCUUACGAAGUUACCAAAUCAGUGAACCCUGAUCAUGAGAGUUGCUUAAGAGACAAGGUUUCGACUGUGAUGCCUAAAGAGUGUGAUGCAGAUAGUUCUAAGGAAGUUUUCCACCUUGAGAGACGUCCUAGAGCACCUCCAAAACCAGCACCAUCUGACACUCCUUGGUUUAGAUACAUUGCCAACUAUCUUGCUGCUGAUCAUCCACCACCCCAAUUCUUUGGCUACAAGAAGAAGAAAUUCUUACGUGAUGUUAGAAGGUACUUUUGGGACGAACCCUAUCUUUAUAAACAUUGUUCUGAUGGUAUGUUUAGAAGAUGUAUUCCAGAAGAAGAAGUCCCAGGAGUUCUCUUUGCUUGUCAUGGAUCUGACUAUGCAGGACAUUUUGCUACUAACAAGACUGUGGCUAAGAUCUUGCAAGCUGGUUUUUGGUGGCCCACCAUGUUUAAGGACGCCCAUGACUUCAUCUCUAAACUUCAUGGGUCUUUUCCUUCUUCUUAUGGGAACAAGUACAUCCUUGUUGCUGUUGACUAUGUGUCUAAGUGGGUAGAAGCCAUAGCCAGCCCUACAAACGACUCCAAGGUGGUGAUAAAGUUAUUCAAGUCGAUCAUCUUUCCAAGAUUUGGUAUCCCAAGAGUUGUGAUUAGUGAUGGAGGAUCUCAUUUCAUCAACAAAGUCUUUGAAAGUCUAUUGAAGAAAAAUGGAGUGAGACACAAGGUUGCUACUCCUUAUCACCCUCAGACAAGUGGGCAAGUAGAGAUUUCUAACAGAGAAAUCAAGAGGAUCUUAGAGAAGACAGUGGGAAUGACAAGAAAGGAUUGGUCAGUAAAGCUUGAUGAUGCUCUUUGGGCAUAUAGAACUGCAUUCAAAACACCACUUGGAACAACUCCUUUUCACCUUGUCUAUGGAAAAUCUUGCCAUCUUCCUGUUGAGAUUGAGUAUAAGGCGGAAUGGGCAGUAAAGAAGCUGAACUACGACAUCAAGACAGCAAAGGAGAAGCGCUUGAUUCAGUUGAAUGAGUUGGAUGAAAUUCGUCAUAAUGCCUAUGAGAAUUCUAGGAUCUACAAGGAAAGAACAAAAGCAUAUCAUGACAAGAAGAUAGUCCCCAAGACGUUCUCUCCCAAUGACCAGGUUCUCCUUUUCAACUCACGCCUGAAACUCUUUCCCGGUAAGCUUAGAUCGCGAUGGUCCGGACCUUUUAAGAUAAAAGAGGUGAAACCAUAUGGCGCUGUUGUACUAUGGAACCGUUCUGGAGGUGAUUUCACUGUUAAUGGACAAAGACUCAAGCCAUAUCUCGCAGACAUUGAUGAGGAUGAGAGAGAAACAUUUCCUUUAGUCGAUGCCCCACUCGCCUAA